UUGAGUGAAUAAGCACCUUGUGCGUGGCUUUAGGUAACUGAGCUUUCUCAGGGAUAUAGGAGACCAUAAGAGGCCAUUUGAAAAGCUCGCACAGGUUUGCUUCUGUCUUUCUUCUGUAACUCGACUCAAGUUGUACAAAAGGCUGGAAAAUCAAAACCGAGGCGCUCGCAAGUGCCGUCCUCACUUGCCUCUCUGACAUAUAGAACCAAGGAAGAACAAGUCAAGAUUAUUUCUCUUUGCAAAACCGGCAUCCCCGCCGGUCUGAAAGAAAUUUUUUUUUUAAACCGGUGUUGCAUCUUGGAUUUAAAAUGUCUGAAAACUCAAACGGAUCUUCUGACUCAGCUCCAGAUUACAGAUACAAGAAAGACGAGCUCUUCAAGAGACUAAAAGUGUCUACUUUUGCCCAACUGGUGAUUCAGGUGGCCACUCUGUCGGAUGAAACCUUGAAAGGGCCACCUGAAGAAGGCCAAAAACUAGAUGAAGGCGACGCUGCUCCUGCAGAGACCAAUCUAGAGAUAGCAGAGACCAACGGCAAAGGCAGCCCCGAGGAGAAACCAGCCAGUCCCAUCCUGUUCAUCAACAACACCGGAGCGGGAGAGUCGUAUCGCUCCACCUUGCAGAGCGUCAUCAGUGGGGUGGGCGAGCUGGACCUGGGCAGAGGCAACCCCAAGGAGACGGAGUGGACGGUUCCAAACCACGGGCCUUAUCCCGACUGCCCUUACCUGUUGCUGGACGUGCGGGAGCGAGACGCCUACGAGCAGUGCCACCUUGUGGGAGCUCACUCCUAUCCCAUCGCUACUCUUUCCCGAACGAUGAAUCCCUACACCAACAGCAUUUUGGAAUACAAAAAUGCUCACGGGAAGAUUAUCAUCCUUUAUGACGACGACGAGAGGGUGGCCAGCCAAGCAGCCACCACCAUGUGUGAGAGGGGCUUCGAGAAUCUGUUCAUGCUUUCUGGAGGUCUCCGAGUCAUUGCGCAGAAGAUCCCCGAAGGCCUGGUGACCGGCUCCUUCCCCGCCUCCUGCCUGGUGGCCAGUCAGCCUGGGAUCACCCGGAAGAAAGCCACUCCCCAGCCCCCACUUCCCCAGGCCGCUGAGAAUAAGUGGAGGUUCACCGCAGAGGAUCUGCAAAAGAUACACUACUACCUGGAGGAAGAACAGUUCCCCAGCGACCCUGCCAGUCGCCUCAGCCGCGGAUCUUCCGCCCGGGAUUGCAAAGCCGCCGUCGCCGUGAAGAGCAGCCAGAACCUGCCCAGCGCCAGCCCGGCCACGGCGCCCCUGACCACCCGCUCCCUCAGCAGCAGCAGCCUGCAGAGCAGGCCUUGGCGGUAGCCCGGCACCCUUUGACGAGAAUAAAAGAGAGCCCAAUUUCCUCGGGGCCGUUUAACCCGACAGGCCAGGCCCCUCUUUGCUUUUUAGGAAGGUAGUUUGCACCUUGGGGAGUUGAGGAGUGGGAGAGGGGGGGCCCUGGAGGAGCUGAUCCCGCCAAGGGUCGUUGUCCUGUCUUUCCUCUCCCCCCAAAAACCCGAAGAGGGAAAGGUCCGAUUUAACUCUGCCGGCCACCCAAGAACUUCCGGAGAGACCCGCAGAAUAACUGGGCCUGCGCUAGAG